AUGAAUCUGGUUGAUUGCAACCCGUAUGGCAAUGGGUUGCUGUAUGCUGGCUUUAAUCAAGAUCAGGGUUGUUUCGCUUGUGCGACUGACAAUGGCUUUCGUGUGUACAAUAGUGAUCCGCUAAAGGAGAAGGAGCGCCAAAUCUUCCCCGAUGGAGGUGUCGCUUACGUGGAGAUGCUGUUCCGCUGCAACUAUCUAGCGCUAGUGGGUGGUGGUUUGCGGCCACUCUAUCCGCCGAACAAAGUGCUCGUAUGGGACGAUCUCAAGAAGGCACCUGCGAUUUCGCUCGAUUUUAAUGCCCCCGUCAAGGGUGUACGGCUCCGCCGGGAUCGUAUCGUGGUGGUGCUGGAAGGAAUCAUCAAGGUGUACGCUUUCACACAGACACCUACCCAGCUGCACGUGUUUGAAACGUCCAAAAAUCCACAGGGCCUGUGUGUGCUCUGUCCGAACAGCACCAAGUCGCUGCUCGCCUUUCCCGGUCGUCGUACCGGCCACGUGCAGAUCGUUGAUCUGGCCAACACGGAAAAAGCGCCCCAUGAGAUUAUUGCCCACGAAGCGGCCAUCAGCUGCAUUGCACUGAACUUGCAGGGCACCCGGUUGGCGACGGCGAGUGAUCGGGGCACGCUGAUCCGCAUCUUUGACACAUCGAGCGGCGCAAAGGUGGCCGAACUGCGGCGCGGUUCGAACCAGGCAAAAAUCUAUUGCAUUAACUUUAACCACCAAUCGACGUCCGUGGUGGUAUCGUCGGAUCACGGCACCAUCCAUGUGUUUAAUCUGGAGGAACCGAACAAGGGUCGGGAUGGCGGUUCUUUGGGAACCGGUGUCGGUGGUUCUAGCCUGUUGACACGCUACUUCACCAGCCAGUGGUCGUUUUGCAAAUUUUCUAUCCCACAAGGCCCACCGUGCAUCUGUGCUUUUGGAUCUGAGAACAAUUCCGUAAUUGUGAUAUGUGCGGAUGGGCAUUAUUACAAGUUUGUCUACAACAACAAAGGCGAAUGUUCGCGAGAAGUUUGUACGCAGUUUCUUGAAAUGUCUGACGAUCAAACGUAA